UCUUUCCUUAUUCCCUCUCUCUUCAGGCAAGCAGAGCAGAGAGGAACAGAGUGAGUGGAGGAGAGAGACACACACAUGCGCGCGUGCAGACCAGAGUACAGCAACUCCACAAAGACAAGAAAGGAGAAGAGUUUGCGAGGAGGAGGAGAUUAAGAGAAAGAAAACAGCUUCUUCUUCUUCUUUUUUUUUUAAACAACAACAACAAAUUGUGGUGGAUAUCAAACCUACAUCAAAAGAAAUCUAGAACAGCAAAGAAAGGAUUUGUUUUGCUUCACAGCUAAGAGAAAAUAUCUCAUUUAUUACAGUUUUUUUUGUUUUGUUUUUUUAAAAACUAUUUAUAUUCACCACAUAUUUCUAUAAAUAACUGCAGAGGACUUGUAAGGUGUAGCAGGAGUUUUUGCAGAGAGAGAGAGAAGUAGGAGUUUGUUGAAGAGGAGCAGGCUGCAGUGGUGGUGAAACAUGCCUGCGAGAGGCAGCUGUUUUGGGGCAGACAUGUGUACGCUGGCCGGACAGCAACCCUGGAUGUGGGCAGUGAUGCUCUGUGCCUUGCUCAUAGGCAGUGCCAGUGCCUGUCCUGCCCUGUGCUCCUGCAGCGGCACCACAGUGGACUGCCACGGACUGGGUCUCAAAACCAUGCCAAGGAAUAUCCCCCGCAACACUGAAAGACUGGAGCUGAAUGGGAAUAACCUCACACGCGUCACCAAGAGUGACUUUGCUGGACUCAAGUACUUGCGAGUUCUGCAACUGAUGGAGAAUCAGAUUACCGUGAUUGAGCGUGGGGCUUUUGAUGACAUGAAGGAGCUGGAGAGACUGCGGCUGAACCGUAAUCAACUGCAGCAGCUUCCUGAGUUGCUGUUUCAGAAGAACCCUGCCCUGUCUCGACUAGAUCUGAGUGAGAACUUCAUCCAGUCCAUCCCCAGAAAAGCCUUCAGAGGAGCUACAGACAUCAAAAACCUUCAGCUGGAUAAAAACCACAUCAGCUGCAUCGAGGACGGAGCUUUCAGAGCUUUGAGGGGCCUGGAAGUGCUAACACUGAACAACAACAAUAUCAGCAGCAUCCCGGUCUCCAGCUUCAACCACAUGCCCAAACUACGAACCUUCCGACUGCACUCCAACAACCUGAACUGCGACUGUCAUCUGGCCUGGUUGGCCCAGUGGCUCAGACAGAGACCGACACUUGGCCUUUUCACCCAGUGCACUGGCCCCACUGAGCUCAGAGGACUUAAUGUGGCAGAGGUGCAGAAACAUGAAUUCAGCUGCUCAGGUCACCAGGAGUCUUCCAGCCUGCAGCCAUGCAGCACAGGCGGUGGCUCAUGCCCGGCCAUGUGCACCUGCAGUAACAACAUCGUGGACUGUCGAGGGAAGGGUCUGACCGCCAUCCCAGCCAACCUGCCUGACAGCAUGGCUGAGAUACGUCUGGAGCAGAAUGGUAUUAAGUCUAUUCCACCCGGAGCCUUCUCUCCCUACAAGAAGCUGCGUAGGAUUGACCUGAGCAACAACCAGAUUUCGGAGAUCGCUCCUGAUGCCUUCCAGGGCCUUCGUUCGCUCAACUCUCUUGUGCUGUAUGGAAAUAAGAUCACUGACCUGCCCAAGGGGGUGUUCGAUGGCCUGUACGCCCUGCAACUGCUGUUGCUCAAUGCCAACAAGAUUCAUUGCAUACGCGCCAACACUUUCCAGGACCUGCAGAAUCUCUCCCUGCUGUCGCUCUAUGACAACAAGAUCCAAACUCUCGCCAAGGGCACCUUCACUUCACUGCGAGCUAUACAGACCCUUCACCUGGCCCAGAACCCAUUCAUUUGUGACUGUAAUCUGAAAUGGCUGGCAGACUACCUGCGCUCCAACCCCAUUGAGACCAGCGGUGCCCGCUGUGCCAGCCCACGCAGACUUGCAAACAAACGUAUCGGACAGAUCAAGAGCAAGAAGUUCCGCUGCUCUGCCAAAGAGCAGUACGUCAUCCCAGGCACAGAGGACACCCAUCUGAAUAAUGCAUGUAACAGUGACCCAGUGUGUCCUCCCAAGUGCCGCUGCGAGUCCAACGUCGUGGACUGUUCCAACCUGAAGCUCACCAAGAUUCCCGAGCACAUCCCAUCAUCCACCUCUGAACUCCGCCUGAACAACAACGAUAUCACCAGUAUGGAGGCAACUGGAGUUUUUAAGAACCUUUCCCAGCUGAAGAAAAUAAACCUAAGCAACAACAAAAUCACAGAGAUUGAGGACGGAUCGUUUGAAGGCGCCUCGACUGUCGUUGAGCUUCAUCUCACGGCUAAUCAGAUCGAUACGGUGCGAAGUGGGAUGUUCCGAGGCCUUGAGGGACUACGGAUGCUGAUGCUCAGGAACAACAAGCUCAGCUGUGUCCACAACGACAGUUUCACAGGGCUGCACAAUGUCCGCCUGCUGUCACUGUACGACAACCAGCUGACCACCAUCACUCCUGGAGCCUUCGACACUCUGCAGACCCUCUCCACCCUUAACCUCCUGGCCAACUCAUUCAACUGUGACUGCCGGCUGGCUUGGCUCGGAGAUUGGCUGAGGAGUAGGAAGAUUGUGACAGGUAACCCUCGCUGCCAGCGCCCUGCCUUCCUGAAGGAGAUCCCUCUGCAGGACGUGGCUCUACCGGACUUCCGCUGUGAGGAGGGCCAAGAGGAGUCAAGCUGUGUGCCCAGACCCCAGUGUCCCAGUGAAUGCACUUGCCUGGAGACGGUGGUGCGCUGUAGUAACAAGCACCUCCACACACUGCCCAAAGGCAUCCCCAGGAAUGUGACUGAACUGUAUCUGGAUGGAAACCAGUUCAGUGUUGUGCCGAAGGAACUGUCUGCCUUCAAAUACCUACAGCUGGUAGACCUGAGCAACAACAAGAUCAACUCUCUGACCAACUCGUCCUUCGCCAACAUGAGCCAGCUCACCACUCUAAUUCUCAGCUACAACUCCCUGCGCUGUAUACCCAAAAUGGCCUUCAGUGGACUGCAUUCCCUACGACUGCUGUCUCUCCAUGGCAACGAGGUCUCAGAGCUUCCUGAAGGCAUCUUCAACGAUGUCGCUUCCCUCUCCCACUUGGCGAUUGGUGCCAACCCGUUGCACUGUGACUGCAACCUGCGCUGGUUGUCCGACUGGGUGAAGACAGGAUACAAAGAGCCUGGUAUCGCUCGCUGUGCCAGCCCCAAGAGCAUGGAGGGCAAACUGCUGCUCACCACACCUGCAAAGAAGUUUGAGUGCACAGGAGACGUUGACACUGGAGUGCUGGCCAAGUGCAACCCCUGUCUGUCUGGUCCCUGUCUAAACCAGGGCAUCUGCCACAGCGACCUGGUGGAGAUCUACAGGUGCAGCUGUCCUCCCGGCUUCAAGGGCAAGAACUGUGAGACAGCCCUGAAUGCCUGUGUGAGUAGCCCAUGUUCCAAUGGAGGAACCUGUCAAGUGGAUGAGGACGAGGAGGGAGAAUACAGUUGCUUUUGUCCGCUGGGCUUCGAGGGCCCCACCUGCCAAACCGACAUGGACGACUGUGAAGACAACGACUGUGAGAACGGAGCCACUUGCAUCGAUGGAGUCAACAACUACACUUGUCUUUGUCCCCCAUAUUACACCGGAGAGAUGUGUGAGGAAAUGGAGGACGUGUGUGCCCCAGGACGAAGCCCCUGCCAGCAUCAGUCGACCUGCCUCAUCACCUCCACUGGACCUAAGUGUGUGUGCGCUCCUGGUUAUGUCGGUGAUGACUGCAGUGUAGACUAUAAUGACUGUGAGGAGCAUCGCUGUCAGAAUGGAGCGCUGUGUGUGGACGAAUUGAACGGAUACUCCUGCGUCUGUCCUGAGGGAUACAGCGGUCAGCUGUGUGAGGUCCCCCCCUCGCUGCUCUCCCUGUGUGAGCUGGCUGACUGUCAGAACAGCGCUCCGUGUGUGGAGCGAGGUGGACGGGCUCUCUGCCAGUGUCCUCCAGAGUUCGGUGGGCCGCGCUGCGAGAAGCUGGUCAGUGUCAACUUCAUCGACAGAGAUUCAUACCUACAGCUCUCUGACCUCAAGAACUGGCCUCAAGCUAACAUCACCCUCCAGGUAUCAACAGCUGAAGAUAAUGGAAUUUUACUGUACAACGGAGACAAUGAUCAUAUUGCAGUGGAGCUUUACCAAGGUCACGUCAAGGUCAGCUAUGACCCGGGCAGCCAGCCGGGACAUGCCAUCUACAGUACUGAGACGAUCAAUGAUGGCCAGUUCCACACAGUGGAGCUUGUGACCUUUGAUCAGAUGGUGAACCUGUCCAUCGACGGGGGUCUCCCUACCACAAUGGACAGCUUUGGGGCGGUGCGGCCCCUCAACGGGGAGGCUCCACUAUACGUGGGGGGUAGGGGCCCUCUCCAGAACACACCUCCCUCCUCUGCAGGAAUGCCAGUGGAUAUACACUCGAGUGCUUUCCGUCUCUGGCAGAUCCAGAAUGGCUCCAGUUUCCACGGCUGCAUCCAGAACCUGUACAUCAACAACGAGCUCCAGGACUUCACCAAGACCCAGAUGAAGCCUGGCGUGGUUCCAGGCUGCGAGCCCUGCAAGAAGAUCUACUGUGUCCAUGGCAUCUGUCAGCCUGAUGGGGUCCAGGGACCAGUGUGCCACUGCCAGCCAGGCUGGAGCGGACCACACUGUGACCAACCUGCCAGCAACCCCUGCCAGGGCAGCAAGUGCGUCCAUGGAAAGUGCAUCCCCCUGGACUCUCAGUCUUACCGCUGUGAGUGUGAGGAGGGUUACCGUGGAGCCCUGUGUAACCAACAGGGAGAGCUUUUCAACCCCUGCCGUCGCCUCAACUGCAAACACGGUCGCUGCCAGAUCUCAGACACAGGAGACGCCUACUGUCACUGUGAAAGUGGCUACACUGGCGAUCUCUGUGAUGCCGAGUCUGAGUGCCGAGGGGAGCCUGUGCGAGACUUCUACCAGGUACAGCGAGGCUACGCCAUCUGCCAGACGACACGCGUGGUCUCGUGGGUGGAGUGCACCGGCGUCUGUGACACGGGCGCCUGCUGUGCCAGCCAGAGAAUGAAGCGCCGGAAAUACACCUUUGAGUGCAGCGAUGGAACCUCCUUCACCGAGGAGGUGGAAAAGACCAUCAAGUGCGGCUGCGUGGGCUGCAUGUAGCACGGUUCGCUCACGUCUCCUGCCACUGCUGCGGAGCAGAAGAAAGAUAGAAAGAAAGAAAGAAAGAAAGGAAGGAAGGAAGGAAGGAAGGAUGAGAGGGACCGGAGGACAGCGAGGGAGGGAAAGAAAGACAGAAGGAAAGAGAGAGAUUAUAAAGAAAAUAUAUAAAACCUCUAUCUAUAUAUUAUGGACCACAAUGUUUGUAAAAUAGGACAUUUCCUCCCCUUCCAAGGGUGUGUGACCUACAGUAACACAGAGAAAACCAACAACAUGAGCGACAAUGUAGAAGCGACAACAACAGAAACAAACCACAUUGUAUCUGCGACAUUGUUCUGAGAGGUCCGGAGAUUUCAAAGGCAUCCCUCCAACCUUAUUUACCCAGUGUGAUCUCCCCCCCCAUCCAUCUGUGAGGCCCAGCCACCACCUACAAUCUUUAACUUCAUGGAGUCAGUGGGGACAGUGAGAUCCAGCCUGGCAGUGAGAGAGAGAGAGAGAGAGAGAGGGGAGAAGGACAAAAAUGAGAGAAACAGAGCGAUGCAAGGAGAGCUGGACCGUUUGACUUGGCAAAGCUAUCUUGAGUUGAGCUUGGCUGGGUUUUACCUGGACUGGGCUGGAUGUUGUGGGUUUUUUCGGGGGAGGGGUUGAGUUGAAAUUGUUGCUGGUUUGGUGUAGCAAUUUUUUCUGCCGGGAUACAGUCAUCCAUCCACACACACAUGCACGUGUACAAGCGAGCAAAGGAAAGACGACAAGAGUUAGAGCGGCACAUAAUCCAGUGCGGAUGUCAUGGCUCGGAGGCCAUGUUGGCGUGGCGUCACGGACAGUUGUGCGCUGUGAGGAACCGUAACAUAGAAAAUUAGAGACUGCACUGACAAGCAGCACUGAACAUUACAGUCACACACUCUCGCUCUCUCUUCUUCCAAGUAUACGAUCACACAUGCAUGACCUACAUUCAUACAUUGGCCACGUGUUAAAGUGAGAGGUGCAAAUAUUCGAUUCGUACAGCAAACAAGUCUGGCGCCAGCAGUGCUCGGUGGUUAUCAGUUACCCAGCAUGCAUUGCCUCAGGGUUAGGAUGAUUUGCAAAAAGUCCCACUACCCUUUUUGAGCAGCGGGCCAUUUCAGCCCCUGCUCAUGUUGAUGCUUGCUGUAUUAAACUCGUGCAAACCUGUUGCAUGUGUGGAGAGAGUUUGCCAACUAAUAUGUAGAGCCUCUUAAUAUCACUAUAAAUGUUUUGACAGAACAAAACGGUUGCAGAAUCAAAAAAAAAAAUCUCCCGAAUUUUGUUUUGUUUUGUCUAAUUUCUCCUAUUGCUUUGUUUUUAUUUUUGUUAUAUAUUUUUUUUUCUCAUGAUGCAACCUAACUCCUUUAGUUGCCCCCCACCCGUCCCUCCCCAGCAUCCCUUUAUAUAGAAAUGCCUAACAGAUUCUAAUAUAUAUAUAUUUGUAUUUCAUUUUGGUAUAGUAUUUUUCUAUGUUAAAGAGUAUGUCUGUUUCUGGAAGUUUUUGGGACCAGUGGAAAGGCAAAUUUCACACGUUUUCCCUGGGUGUUUUUUUAUUAUUUGUCGAUCUCACUUUCUCCAACUCGGUGAUUGAGUACAUGAAUUGGCCAAUAAUACAGCAGAAGGUUCCAGCCGACAUGUCCAUGUGUGGCUUCGUAAGGGUCAUUUUUAGGCUGUGAUUUUGUUUCCAUGGUGGUCCCAUGUGUGUUUGCCCACUUCAGCCUACCUCGGUACUAAGUGGGUACUGAGUGGACGUGGGUGGUAAAUUGUGCAGGUUUAGAAUUAGAAUUAGUUGCAUUUCAUCCGUCCUUAUUACAAACCAGUAGUGAACACACACAAGCCGGGCAUGGGAACAGUGGGCAGCACCUUUUCUGCGCCUGAGGAGCAAUUGACCAACCGAGCGAAUUUGAACAGGCGACCCUCGGGUUACAAGCCCAAUUCCUUUCCUCUUGCCAUGUGGGCAAACACGUGUGGAGCCACCAUGGAAACCGUGGAUAAACCGGCUUGGGACCCCACAUGGACAUUCUGGCUGGGGGUUGAUCUUGUUGUGUGGAGGCAGUAUCGGUCUAGAAAUAUGUUUAAUAUUGUAUAUGUUGUCUUCCAUGUGAAUAUUACAUCUAAUUCAUGUGUUUUUAUUUAUUUUUUAUCUAAAGGCGUUUUUUUUUUUCUUCUGUUUUUUUUCCUGUAGAAAGUAAAAAGGCAUCGUCAUCAUCAUCAUGUCGCUGACUUUCAAAUAUUUUUUGAAAAUUUUCAAAAAGAUGAAAAAAAAUGAUAAAUAAAAAAAAAUUGCAUACAAAUCUGUAAGGUAUUUGUAGCAUCACUUAAAGGCAGUUGACAGUGAGUUUUUUUUCUCUCUCCUCUCCGACUCGUCGUUCUUUAUUUGGAUAAAGACGUGUCCUCCUGAAAUUUGACCCUGUAAUUAUCAUACCACACUCAAGGCUUCUGAUUGUAUUCAUGUUCAUUUUGUUGAUGUGCUGGGUUGUAUUUGCUAUGAUUAUUAUUAUUAUUUUAUUUCUUUAAUUUGAGGGAUGUUUGCCGAACAAAGAAGGAGUGUUUUUUUUUCUUUUUAGUUAAAGUAGUCAAGCUCAACUGAUUAUAAGCUGCUGUCAAGCCAGAAGAAAUGAGAUGAAGUUGCCAUUUGUGGACAAUAAUCACGUUUCUUUAAACGUACAGAGCAUCCGUUGGGGAGAGGGGGGGGGGAGCCAACUGUGUGAAGCAUUACAUGCCCACUGCUGACAUAUGAUGAAUGAGGAAGACCCCGGACAUUUCAGUGUGUCCACCCAUGAAAAUAAAUAAAUAAACAGUGCCAAUUACAAGUGAACACAAUAAACAGUCAUAUCUGAAUGUAUAAAUGUGUAUAGAUAAAUAUGACCUAUGCUUACUCAUGAAGUGGUAACUCUUAGCUGUUAUUUAGUUUCCAAUUGUAAGAUAUAGAAACCACAUACUGUUGAUUAAGUGACAGUUCAUCAGAAUGGCUUAAAGGCCCGCCCCGCACAUUGUGUUCAUCCAUUUUCCCUCAAGGUUAAAACGUCUUAUGUCGUGUGAAAGGCUGAAGAACCACAGUCACAGAGCUCUUUGUUUUACUGUUAAUGUGAUCCCAGUGGUGUACAAUAACAUUAAAAAAAAGUAGAUCUCAUAAAGGAUACUGAUGAACAGUCACUGUAAUUUCGUAGGCUCUGUGCCUCAUAAAGGUACAUAUUUAGUCCAACGUGGCUUUUCUUUCCAUGUCUCCUUUUGUCCCUCUGCACUGACCCCUGCUGGACUGGUGCAUUCAACUUCCUGGUAGACAUCUUAGUGGUGCUUGUGCUAUAUUGAGAUGUAAUUCAGUCAUGUGGCAACACGGCCAGACACACACACACAGAUUUUUCCCGUCAUAUGACAUAUAUGCAUAAAUAUGUUAUUGUAAAGAACACAAAUGUCUCUGUUGUAUUGAACCAGUGCAAAAACUUAUAUAUACCCUGUUAGGGUUGUGUCUGUUUUUGUAUUCCUUCUCUUUUUUUGUUGUUGCAGGAUUGAUGGUGGGAUUAAACAGAAAAAACUCCCAAAUAAUACUGAAUGUAUGUAGUGCCACCGACAAAAUGUUUACCAAACCUCCACUCUUUUCAUUAAUUAAACUUAAAUGUGUGUGCUUUUAAGAAAA